CUCCCCACGUUUUAUACCGCCUCCGCUUCCUAUAUAACCUACCUUUUCCCCUUCAUCUUCUUCACACCUCCAAACCCUCGCUUCAGAUCUAUCUUCUCUGCGUUCUUCCUCUUUGUAUAGACAAACGCAAGUGUUUCUAUUACACCCUACGACCAGCAAUUUCUCCAUUUCUCCUAUUCACCAUCAUCUUUCUCUAAAUUCCAGAUACUCUGUUCAUAUUUCUCAAGCCGAGUUUAGAAGUUAUUGCGAUGGCUGCCGUAGAAGUUCUUUACCCACAAGAUCCUUUGCAUAAUCGAUCGAAUCGUCGACACACUAGUCUUGUCAACGCUCAUAUGAAGCCCAAGAGGAAUCCCUCUUCUAACCCUAACCCUAAUUCCAUCCGUGGAACUGGGAAGUCAGAUCGGCGGAAGCGCAGCCCUCAGAAGAACGGAUCUACUGAUUCCUGUAACAGCGGGGGUCUCAAUCUCUCUAAUUCUCCGCCGGUGAAGAAGGCGGCGAUGAGUAAUUUGAUUAUGGGCCAGGUGAAGAUAUUGAAACGUGGUGAGACAUUGACUGAUACGGCGUCGUUAGUAGUAGAGUCGAAGAAGGCUGAGAUCGAGCCUUUUGCUGAUAGUCUGGAGAAAGAGCUUGUGCUGUCAACCAUUAGCAGGCUUGGACCCGAGCCUGAGAGGAUGCUGAACGAGAUUAAGAUCGGUGACUUUUAUGCUGGAUUAUCUGUUGCUACUCCGCCUCCGCCCAGUUCUCUUCCUUUGCCUUCCUUCACCAACAAAAACAUCCUCGGACAAAGCAAAAGUGAUGCUACCAUUAAUAUACGGCGCUUUCUGAGGCUAGACAUGUGUUGAUUUUCAUUGUGAAGAUGGUUUCUGUAGAUGGUUUAUGGAGAUCAUUCUUCACUUGCAGUGAAGAUGAGGUGGAUCAGGUUGAUGAAAGUUGGGUGAUUGCUUUGGUUUCGGGCAAAACUUCCCUUAUUUUUUCAAGGGGAAGGCCGAAUCAGAAUUGCAAUUCACUCAGUCUCCAUCCAUGAAAAUUUCGCUCUCUACUUCUACAUUACGAGUCAGAAGAAGGCUACUAUUUAUUGUUCCUGUUUGGUUUGGUAAAUUGUUCGAAUUAAAUCAAUAGCUAUCGGUAGUUGAAGUUAAGGUCUUUCUUAUUACUACGUAUUAUCUUAAGUGUUGGGUAAAUGUUGGAAUAACAAGUACAACUGACUUGUUGGUUGUAUUUUGGGAGUUGUUGUUGUCUUGUGUUGGGGAUAUGAUGCCCUCCACAUAGUAGUUAUGCAUCGUUUAUAAUAUCAAUAAAGUUCUUAUUUUUAUAUAUCUGUGUGUACAUAUACAAACACAACGCACAUACAUAUGCAAUGAUCUUGCCCUUGUCUUUACAUAUUGCUUGAGGCUUCUUCAGCAGUGUAUGGAAUACAUAAACCAUUGAAUCAUUCAGAGUUUUCUUGGAGAGCAGGAAUCUUGCAGAUGGAUGCAAGGUAUUGAUGCAAUGAGUGCUUCUUGUGAUUAAAAUUAUCUUUGCUGGAACUUAGAUUGCUUGUGAAACAGCAAUCUUAAAAUGGGUUCCAUGGAUUGUGUUCAGUGUGAAGAUAAAGUGGUUUAUGGUAAAGGAAUGUGGUUGAUUGCUUUGAUUUGUGGCAAGCUUCAUUUGCAAGGGCCAGGAUGAAUCAGAAACGCAAUUAUUGUGAAAGUAAUUUUUAUUUAUGCCAAUUAUUGCUGUGAUGAACCGGUUGAGGUAUAAUGAUACUUCUGAAUGUCAAUAACAGGCUUUACUUUGUAAUUUGAGUUUUGAUUUCUUAACUUUACUGUUGCUUUCUUUAGUUGUAAGUUAUGGUAUUUCAGAGUACCUUCUUGAGUCUUGGGUCAAAGUUGUAUUACUUGAAACAGUGUAAUAUCCAUUGCUUCUUUCCUAGAGGUUUCUAUUUUCUGGAUUAUUGGGUCAAUGGUCAAUAUUAC